UCAGCAGGCAGAGUCGCCGCCGCCGUCACACCUACGCCGACACUCGAGUCGCUCAGCAGCCAAACGACCCCGAAAGCCCCCCACUACGCCCCCCCCCCCAUGCUGAGUCCGUGCGUAAAAAGAGGCGCAUAGGACGCAGCCCGCCGCGCGACCGUCCGCCUCCUCCUGCUCUUGCAGAUGGCUUGAUUGGCCGAGCGAACCGGAUGCUUGCCAACUCGGCUCGGGUCCGAACCGGGCGACAUGAUCGACUCCAACGUGAGCAUUACCUGCGCGCACUGCCCGGCGGUGGGAGGCGCCGCCGCCGUCGUCGUCGUCAACACUGCCAAGUACGAGGAGGUGUCCGGCUCCCCGCCGCCUCCGACGCUGAGCCCGACGGGUCACCUGCUGGUGGCGGUGUGCCUGGGCUUGAUCGGCACGCUGGGCUUCCUGUGCAACUUGGUGGUGCUGGCCAUGUUUUUGCGUUACCGGGCUCUGCGCACGCCCAUGAACUUGAUGCUGGUCAGCAUCUCGCUCAGCGACCUGCUGGUCAGCGUGCUGGGGACGCCGUUCAGCUUCGCGGCCAGCAUCCACGGACGAUGGCUGAUCGGACGCGCGGGCUGCGUGUGGUACGGCUUCGUUAACGCCUGCUUGGGCAUCGUGUCGCUCAUCUCUCUGGCCGUGCUGUCGUACGAGCGCUACUGCACCAUAAUGGUACCCAACAUGGCAGACGGCCGCAACUUCCGUCCGGCGCUGGGCGGCAUCUGCUUCUCCUGGUUCUACUCCAUGGCUUGGACGGUGCCCCCCUUGCUGGGCUGGAGCCGCUACGGGCCCGAAGGUCCCGGCACCACGUGCUCGGUGGACUGGCGCUCGCAGACGGCCAAUAACGUCUCGUACGUGGUGUGCCUGUUUGCUUUCUGCCUGGUGCUGCCCUUCGGCGUCAUCGUGUUCUCCUACGGAAAGCUGCUGCACGCCAUCAGACAGGUGCGCAGCUCUAGUUCAGUGGCGACGCGGCGGCGUGAGCAGCGAGUGCUGCUCAUGGUGGUGACCAUGGUGGUCUGCUACCUGGUUUGCUGGCUGCCCUACGGCGUGGUGGCCCUGAUGGCCACCUUCGGCUCCGAAGAGCCCCUCAGCCCGGAGGCCAGUAUUAUGCCCUCGCUGCUGGCCAAGUCGUCCACCGUGGUCAACCCCUUCAUCUACAUCUUCAUGAACAAGCAGUUCUACCGCUGUUUCCGAGCCUUCUUCCGAUGCUCUGCGGUAGAACGAGGCUCCACCCUCAAGACCUUCUCCAGGGUGACAAAGAUGCUGCGCAGCGUCCAGCCGGAGCUCGGCGAUCGCCACGUGUCCGCCCCCGCCGCGUCCUCCGCUCAAGUCACGCCGCAGUCCGUCCACCGGUCCUCCGAGCUGGACAGUCGACCGCCCGGCCUGACAAACGGUCCGAAGCCGAAACUGACUCUGGUGGCUCAUUACAGAGAGUGACGACGUCUUGACUGGAGAUGGUUUUACACUGUAUGACUUAAUUUCGUCAUCUCCAAACGUUUCCAUGGCCAAUUAUAAAUCCCAUCAUAUCUCAAACUUUUUUUUUUGUGGAUGUUCGAUGAGUAGCCAGAAAAACUGGACUUGGACCCAGUGUGACUUGAACACAAACUACCAUUGGCAGUUCGUAUCCACACAAGUGUUUCCCAGAAGCUCUUCUCCGAUGAACAUUCCCAUGAAGAAUACGACUCAGAUGUCAUAAAACUUUUGUUGGUUGGUG